AUAAAAACUGAAGUACACUAAUAGUAGUAAAAGUACCUUUUCACAUUUACCACUGAAAUAAAUCAAAUACAAAUGUUUCUGCUGAUUUUGAUGUUUUGCUCAGAAAACGUCUACAAGCUUCUUUUUUCUGACUCGUGUCUUUAACGCAGAUUUACUUUACGUUGGUUUACUGGUACUUUAAUAGAUGAAAUACUCUGAACUCUCGCUCUGCUCGCGGACACAUCACUCUCUACUUCUUUAAUCCGUCACGUCCACCUGCAGACGAACGCUUGGCCGCGUCCCACCUCCUUAUUUCGGGCAGAGAGGAGGAGGAGGAGGCGACAGCUCCCGGAACAUGUGCGAGCGCCACAAACAAACCCAUGUGCGGCCGGUAGGAGGGGCCACGUGCUGAGGUGUUCCCAGAAGGUGAUGCCGUAAAGGCGGGCCAGUGUGUCGCAAACCAGGUGUUUCCUGCGCGAGGGGGAAGGUGAUGUCGUAAAGCGGACGGGGUGAGGAGGGGGUGAGGAAGGAGGAGGGAGGAGGAGGAGGAGGAGGGAGGAGGAGGGAGGAGGUGACGAGCGAGCGGCUGCGUUUCAGACUCAGCGAGAGGAUCAUGGCGGAUGGCCCCAGGUGUAAGCGCAGAAAACAGGCGAACCCGAAGAGGAGCAGCGUGACAGACUUCAACAAUGGCUUGGAGGCCAGUUCAGACUCUGAUGACGAGGACAAGCUACACAUCGUGGAGGAGGACAGCCUGCAGGAGCCCGAGGUCGCCAGCGCUGAGGGGACCACGCCACAGGACAGCCAUGAUGCCACCGCAACAGUAUUACCCCUCAACGGCUCCUGGAAUGGAGCUCAUCCCACGCAAACAUCUGCCUUCAUCUCAGCAGCCGUUAGUUACAGCCAAGCAGGAAAUACGAAAACCAUGGAGACGGCGAGAAUGUGA